AUGAGGCUCAUCAACACUCAGACGUACGAGUUACGGCAAUUCUUCAACAAUGAUACGCCUAAAUACGCCAUCCUCUCUCACACUUGGGAGGAAGAGGAAGUUUUGUUUCAUCACAUGAACAAUAUCGCGCGUUCAACCCAAAAUAAGUUGGGUUUUAAAAAGGUGCAAGGAGCGUGCUCUCUUGCACAAUCUCAAGGCUACGAGUGGAUAUGGAUAGAUACAUGUUGCAUCGACAAGUCGAACAGCGCAGAGCUUUCUGAGGCUAUUAAUUCCAUGUUUCAAUACUACCAAGAAGCAGAAGUGUGCUAUGUCUAUCUCAAAGACGUUACCCGGCGGAAUCCAAAGGGCAUUUUUGAGACCGAGUUCCGUUGCAGCAAGUGGUUUACUCGCGGUUGGACGCUACAAGAGCUUAUAGCUCCCGCCAGGGUCGAAUUCUACACGGCACUGUGGUCCAAAAUUGGCCUAAAAAUGGAAGAUUCACUGUCUGUCUUGAUUUCAGAAAUCACUGGCAUAGAUUUGCAAACGCUAAAGGGUGGCAAUGUGCUCAGCGUUAGCAUUGCUCGCCGCAUGUAUUGGGCAUCGAAGCGAAAGACCAGCCGUGUCGAAGACCGUGCAUACUCGCUGCUAGGUCUUUUUGACGUAAGUAUGCCCAUGAUAUAUGGAGAGGGAAUCAAAGCCUUUCGGCGGCUGCAAGAGGAGAUUCUCAAGUCAACUGAUGAUCAGUCCAUUUUUGCCUGGCACAGUCCAGAGUAUUCUGAGGGAACAGUCGUCGACGUUUUCGCGUCUUCCCCGUCGGACUUUGUUGGAUCUGGAGCCAUUGCCCGAGAACCUUUCCACCGUGUGCGUGGAAAGCCCACGACAAUCACAAAUCAGGGCGUGAUCAUAGAGCUACCCAUUAUGUCCGUUACUCGUCUUGGCACGACCGAGUUCAAACUUUAUGACGAAGUCCACGCCAUUUUAGACUGUCAAAUUGGAAGUGCUCCGGGAACUUUUCCAAUGAUUCGACUUCGAAGCCUCCAUGCUACGACGCAAGAUGGUCCCAAACAUUAUUUCCGUGUCAUGACUGGAGAGUCUAUUCCGACAUUUGGGUACUUUGAUAGGCAAUCGGCCAUUACGGAUGCGCCCGUUAUUGGUUUGGAUCCUACUCAACUCCACGUUGACGCUUACAAAGAAAUACUAGGUGAGGCAUACUAUCCACGAUGA